AUGUCAGGAAGACACCCAAUAGGCUCUUUAGUUUUGAUUCUUGCACUGACCUUUGUGGGGGCUGUUAAGGAGCUCAACUCCAUCAAGGAUUUGAAGAAAAUUACAUCUGGAGAUUCUGUCCCUCGGCACAGCCUUGUCCUGCUCUACUGGUUUGCAAACACUAUUGAAAUUGACAACAAUGGUGUCAUACUGCUGACCUUUGAACCCAACAAUGGAGAUUACGGCACUCAUCAUUACGGCAAUUAUGAGGGGCUUCUUGACCCUCUGCCGCGGAGAGGUGUCCCACACCGCUACUACACCCUUGGCAAUCUCAAUCAAAUGGACAAUCAAAACAGUGCCUAUGCAUUUCCAGCCUAUGUCACCCAGAAUCUUCACAACUGGAUGGAAUAUGAAGAAAGAAACAGGGCCCGUAUCAUAUUUAGAGUCAGUGGGAACACAGGACGGCAAGCAGGGCAGAGAAUAGACCAAGUCUAUAUCACCCAGCAUUUUGAGUCUAACCUGGGCCAGGGGACGAGGUAUGACCCAGCACACACCUACUCCAUCACUACUGACCUGCUGAGGGAGAUCAGAGAGUUUACCGUACGAGAAAACCAGAGGAAUUCACUGCCUCAGCUGAGAGCGCGCUUUGGAAGAAACAUAGAUGAUUCACAUACUUGAAUAUGGAGCUGCCAAGGAAGAGGAAAAGAGGAAGUUUAUGGAUGUGGUGAGGGAGGACAUGCGGGUGGCUGGUGUGACAGAGGAAGAUGCAGAGGACAGGAAGAGAUGGAAACGGA